AUGCCCCCUGGGAACAUGUUUGUUGACCACGACUACAUUUACGACGCCUUUGUGGCCUGUACUAACGACGAGUACGAAUGGGUCAUCCGACGAUUACGGCCAAAACUUGAGUUGGUGGAGAACCCAGUCCGACUCUGUGUUCAUGACAGGGAUUUCAUUCCCGGAAAACCCAUUCAUGAAAGCAUUGUGGCAAAAAUGAAGGAAAGUCGUAAGAUUUUGUUGAUCAUCAGUCUCGAGUUUCUGGAUUCCACAUACGGUCCUCUUGAAAUCGAGUAUGCCGGCAUGAAAUCUUUCGAAGAAGGUAGGGACGACGUCAUCAUCUGUGUACUGUUGGAGGAUAUUCCAGUUCGUCAGAGGCCGAGGGCGCUGAGAAAUCUCUGGCACAAGAUCACCUUCCUGAAGUGGAGCUCUGAUCCAGAGGCCUAA